CAUUAAUUUAUUUAUGUCAUUUUCACGAUGUGCAAGAAAGACAAUGUUUUAAAAUCGGUGGGAGCCACCUAUUGUUUCUAACAGACGAUUUUAACAGUUUAGUUUUCCAUAACAUAUUAAUUUUUCACUGAUAUGGAUACAUGACAAAUUGUGAUUUAAAUAAUAGAUACAUUUCAAAACAUAAUGGAAGUAAUACAACAGUCCUGGGGACAUGAAACACUACCAACAACAAUCGAGGAUCUUCCCGAUGAAGUUUUGGAGUUUAUUUUGAGCUUCCUACCUCCAUAUAAAGACCUGCAAAAUUGUAUGACCGUCUGUAAGAGGUGGUGUGCUUGUGCUCAAAAUGUAUUGCGUAAGACGUCCAUAAAGCUAAUAAAAGCUGUUGCAGAGUUUAAUAUAUUGUGGAAAAAUGUUACCUCUACUGAUAUUGGGCCCACCAUAACAAAAAGAUUUUCUCAUGCAGCAUGUAUUCUGAAAAAUAAUAUGUACAUAUUUGGUGGGUGUACUACAAAUUCCACUUCAUUUAAUGAUCUUUGGAUGUUUGACUUAUCUAAAAGAAGAUGGAUACGACCUUUAGCAACUGGAACUUAUCCUGUGCCAAAGGCAUACACAUCAAUGGUCCACUAUCAAGAUUGUCUCAUUGUUUUUGGUGGGUGGACGUACCCCUCUCUCUCGCAAUACUAUCAGAAUAUCACUAUGUUUAAUGAUAUUCAUUUAUAUUGUGUAACUACAAAUAAAUGGAUUCUGAUAAAUGCUACAAACCCACCACCUCCCAUGGCAGGGCACUCUGCUUGUAUCAGAGGAGAUGAGAUGGUUGUAUUUGGAGGUUUAGUUAUGUCUGCAGCUCAGAAUUAUCAAAUGCAGUGUUCAAAUGAUGUCUGGGUGCUUGAUAUAAUCACAUUCAAUUGGAGGAAGCAACAAACAACUAAGCCACGGCCUUCACCACGCUACGCUCAAUCACUCAUUACGCUAGAUUCUGAAAGACUGAUGCUUCUAGGUGGAAUACAAACAUUGCAUAAUCGCUUUGUUUAUAGUGAUUGUUGGAUCUUGACCAUGCAAGGACCUACAUGGACAUGGAAAGAAAUUGCAGUUAAAAAUAAAGAGUGGGCAUCUGCUAAUAUAUGGUGCAAUCCAGCAUGUAGAGUUGGAGAUAUGGUGGUAAGCCUCAGUAGGAGUCGACAUGGAUGGAAUGGGGCAAAACCAUUAGUUACAUCGGCAGUACGGCUGUCUGCUCUUAACAGGCCUGAAAAUGCACCAGUAUCUGUUCGUAUUGAAAGGAGUCUACAAAGACCUCUAGACCGAGAUCAAAAUAUAAACGGAAGACGAGGAGUGCUGCCAAGGCAACCUGCAUCUAGACAACCUCCGGCCAACAUUAAUAAUGAACCCAUAGCAGGACCCAGUAAUGAGCAAGAAAGAGACAAAGAUGUUACAAAUGAAAUUCCUAGUCAUGAAACAAAUGCUGCUGGGCCAAGUUCUGAUUUAAAAUUUAACAAUAAUGUUAUUGAUUUAAAUAAAAAGGAAGCGAUGAGAAAGAAUAAAACUAAGAAUAAAGGAAUGAAAAUAGUUAGACAACUGCAAGAAGCAAAUAAAUAUAGAAUGGCGGCAUUUGCUUGUGAUUCAUCAUCAAAUAACACACCAAAUGAAAAUGAUCUCAUAAAUCAAAGGCAAAUAGCACAUUUAGAAAACAGAUUAGAACCUUAUCCACCAGCUGCAGAAAGACCAGACGUUGUAUACAGACAGCCACCGGUGAUAAAACGUAACACAUUGACGAUGCAUGUACUUGAUAUUUCUACUGUUCUUAAUGGUAACUGUAUGAAUUAUGUCUCUUGGUUAUGUCCCCGAUUGGGAGACAUGAAUGGUGCUCCAGAAGAAUUAGUUAUGUAUUCCUUAGUGAAAGGUAAUGGUGAACUUAUUAUGUUUGGGGGAGUUCAUAAUGAAAUUAGAGUGGCAAGAUUCACUGAAAACCCACAAAGUAUGUAUUCAAAUUCUUUACAUUUCAUCACAGCACCUAGAGACAUUAUUUAAUUUGUUGUUGACAGCUUUUAUAAAUAUUUCUUCGUUUUCCACAAAUGUAAAUGUACAGUUUUGUUUUAUGGUUUUAUAAUUUGUUUGUAUGUAAAUUUCUUUACUAACUGCUCAAACCAAUGCUAUUUUAUGAUAACAAAAAUUCAAGUAUUCAAUUGAAUAUUUUCAUAUUUAAAUGAAACAUACAUGGAUUUAUAAAUAGCAGAAUAAGAUCCAUCUUUAAUUUCAUACAUUUAUAAAUGUUUUUCAGUAAAGUUUUAUUUUGUUGUAAAAAUAAUUAUACGGUCAUUUAGUAUUACUCAGCAUAUUCAAUGCAGUACAAUAUAGAAUCCGCUGUGUAUUUGUUGUAUAAAAACAUGUAGCUACAUUCAUUAAAAUCUUAGAAUUUGUAUAACAAUGGUGCUUUUACACACAACACAGCUUUUCGUUGUGGAAAUAGUGAUAUCGUAUUACAUUAACAUAUUAACAUCAAAACUUUUGUCAAUUUUUGUAGCAUACUAAAGAAGGAAAAAAUGUUCCAAGUCAUAUAUAAAAUUUGUUGCUUUUUAAGACCUGGUAUAGUUGUUCAUAAUUAACCACAAAUAGUGUUAAUAUUUUCAAAAUUGUUUUGUCAGUCUGUCAAAUCAUGUUCUAGCACCUUUAAUGUUUUUAUAUAGGUAUGAAAAAAAAAAUUGAGACUAAUAGAACUAAAAACAAUUGAGAAAAAAGUUCGAGUAAAACAUUACUAUUAAAAAUUAUAAAUUUGUACAUCUAACAUUGUGGUUUUAAAAAAUAGGAACUCUCAAAUUAAACUUAGAGUGGCUUUACAUCGACUGCUUUGUGAAGUUGCUGGUGUGUACAACCAUUCUUAAAAAAGAUAACUGUUUGUAUAAGCCUCAUUACAAAUAUUUAUUUAAAUUUUAAAACAAAUACUGCCAAAUAUAAAAACAAUGUAACUUCAUAUAUGCUAGAUGCUUGAAUAAUAUGUUAACCAUGUGUGAUUUCUGUAAUUUCAUGUGUAUAAUUUUAUAAAAUAAAAUAGCUUUAAUUUAUUACUUUC